AUGGCGAUACGCGACCCUCUCCCUUCUGAGGGGCGCCGGCUCCGGCCGCCCGGGGCUCCAUCUGGCACCAAAGCGGAGGUCGAAGGCCGGCGUGCGGCCCGAACCCAGCCGCCUCGGCGUCCCGGGAGCCGGCGCGAGUGUCGCCGCGACCCUCCCCGUCCCUCGCGCUCACGCUACCGGGCCGCUGUGCGGCCGCCUCAACCCCCUUAUAUAGCCCUCUAA